ACCGUGGGCGCCAAGUCUCUCUCCGGUCGCAAUCCUUUGGAACCCUAGGUCUCGUUUGGGUCUCCCCUGGCUUCGUCUCAUCUCUUCAAGCGGCUCCUCCAAAGACCCGCCCUUCUUCGAUCCAGGGUUCCAGUGCCGGUUCUCUCCAGGGAAAUGGCGUCGAACGCCGAGGGAGGUAGGAGAUUUGCUAGGAGAGACCAGCUGCUUAGGAUACAAUCAGAGGUCCAAAAGCGAUGGGAAGAGCAAAAGGUCUUCGAGGCCAAUCCUGGCAGCAACCCUCCUGAGCCUGGCGAGAAGUUCUUUGGCAACUUUCCUUACCCCUACAUGAAUGGCAUGCUUCAUCUGGGCCAUGCCUUCACAGUUUCCAAGCUUGAGUUUGCUGCUGCAUACCACCGUCUGCGUGGUUGUAAUGUGCUCCUGCCCUUUGCUUUCCAUUGCACCGGGAUGCCUAUCAAGGCCUCGGCAGAUAAGCUUGCACGAGAGGUUCAGCAGUUCGGAAAUCCACCUGUUUUUCCUUGCACAGAGGAGGAUUCUACUACUGAAUCUGUUGAUGAGAGCAAAGCCGAAGAUGGCAAUGCGGUUGCCCCUGAUAAAUUCAAGAGCAAGAGGUCCAAGGCUGCUGCCAAAUCUGGUGGAGAUAAGUCACAGUGGGAGAUUAUGAGAAGCUUUGGUCUGUCGGACAGUGAGAUUGCAGAAUUCCAAGAUCCAUAUCACUGGCUGACUUAUUUUCCACCUCUGGCAAAAGAGGAUCUCAAGGCUUUUGGGUUGGGCUGCGACUGGAGGCGUUCUUUUAUAACAACAGACAUGAAUCCUUUCUAUGAUUCAUUUGUUAGGUGGCAAAUGAGGAAGUUGAAGGGCAUGGGGAAGAUUGUGAAAGAUCUGAGGUACACGAUUUACUCUCCGUUGGACGGCCAGCCAUGUGCAGUGUUGGAAAUUAUAUCCUAAAUGUCAAUCGUCAGCAUAUUGAUGAUUGAAUUUUGUAAAUAAAUUGACAAAUUAAUAAAGUAUUAUU